UAGCUACGGAAUACUUCGGUCAACCUUGGACCGCUGCAUCGUAGCCAUCGUCAAAUGGGAAGGACCGAAGCUCGGAACCUUCACCCACACGAAUGGGCUUAUGAGCACGGAUACCGCCAUGAAUUUCUCUCUCCGUGCUGAUGCAGUCUUCAAUACCACCAGUACGGCGGCUGCGCCAGUAGACGUCUUCUCAACACUCACCCUAGGAAUCAAAUCAUUACCCGUGCUUUCUGUAACCACAAGUGCCAACGUGCCUUCAUCGUCAACAGGAUAUUGCUUCCUUUGCGAGAAUCUGUCAACUACGACGACUGCUUUUGCUAUUGUAUUCGCUGUUAUUAUAAGUACUGGCGUGCUUGGUAAUUUGUUUGUUAUCGGCGUUAUUCUUUGUGAUCGUAAAAUGCUCGCGUCACCAGUGAAUCAAUUACUUCUACAACUGGCUAUCGCUGAUCUUGGUAAUUUGAUAUUCUGUUCACCUGACGCUGCUAUGGCGUUGAUUGAUAAGGGUUGGCUACUGCCCAAUUUAGCCUGCUCUAUAGUACGAUUUCUGCAAGAAUAUUCGCUCUAUGCCAGUGUUCUAUUCCA